AUGGAGGGACUUGCGUGGAAUCAACGGGGACUGAGUUCAUAUGUACUUGUCCAGAAGGCUUUACCAAGGAAAUAUGUGAGUCCGAUUUGUGUGACAGCCAUCAAUAUAAGAAUGGAGGAGACUGUGUGGCAGAUGAUUAGUGUUUGUGCCACCAAUGUUUGUAUGAAUGGAGGCUUGUGUGAAGCUGACCAGUCCAGUGAACGAGGUUAUAAGUGUAACUGUGUUUAUGGUUAUGUUGGAGACAAUUGUACAGGUGACGCUAUGUUAAAUACAGUUGAAUCCGAGGCUAAUCUUUCUUGGAUGGACUUUAGUACGAUAGACAGGGACAACGAUAGGAGUGGAUCUAACUGUGCUGAGCUUCAUAGGGGCGGAUGGUGGUUUAACGCUUGUUAUCGAGCAUUUCUAAAUGGCCCCUGGUCACAGAGAGAGUAG